CCGCUGUCCCCCCCUCCCCACGCCGCGGGGGGCGCUGCGGGAGGGGGCUCCCACGCAUGAGCGGGUGUGCAAGCCACGAGUGUGUAAGGACGACCAUGCAGCAGGUCCUGGACAACUUGAUGGGGCUCCCAGGGUCCCCAGGGGUGGCCGACCUUGACCUCAUCUUCCUGCGGGGCAUCAUGGAGAGCCCCAUCGUCCGCUCCCUGGCCAAGGCGCACGAGCGGCUGGAGGAGCGGAAGCUGGAGGCGGUUCGCGGGGACAACCUGGCGCUGGUGCAGGAGAUCCUGCGGGACAUAGGGCGGCUGACGCGGCCCGACGGGCAGGGAGCAGCGGCUGAGCUGGCCCGGAUCCUGCGGGAACCACACUUCCAGUCACUGCUGGAGACCCAUGACUCAGUGGCUGCCAAGAGCUAUGACCCCCCCCCGAGCAGCCCUGUUCUGGAGCCCCCCCUGGGGUCGCAGCCUGUUCCCCCUGACGCUGUGCGCAUGGUGGGCAUCCGCAAGGCAGCAGGGGAGAACCUGGGGGUGACUUUCCGGGUGGAACGGGGGGAGCUGGUGAUCGCCCGCAUCCUGCACGGGGGAAUGGUGGCGCAGCAGGGGCUACUGCACGUGGGGGAUGUGAUCCGCGAGGUGAACGGGCGUGAGGUGGGCAGCGACCCACGGGUGCUGCAGGACAGCCUGCGUCAUGCCAGCGGCAGUGUCGUCCUCAAGAUCCUGCCCAGCUACCAGGAGCCUCAUCCGCCCCGUCAGGUGUUUGUCAAGUGCCACUUCGACUACGACCCGGCCACCGACAGCCUCAUCCCCUGCAAGGAGGCUGGGCUCAAGUUCAUGGCUGGGGACCUGCUGCAGAUCGUCAACCAGGAUGACCCCAACUGGUGGCAGGCAUGCCACGUGGAGGGGGGCAGUGCGGGACUGGUGCCCAGCCAGCUGCUGGAGGAGAAGCGCAAGGCCUUUGUCAAGCGGGACGGGGAGGUGACCCCCACGUCGGGGGCCCUGUGUGGCAGCCUCAGCGGGAGGAGGAAGAAGAGGAUGAUGUACCUGACGACAAAGAAUGCCGAGUUCGACCGGCACGAGCUGCUGAUCUAUGAGGAGGUGGCGCGGAUGCCGCCGUUCCGCCGAAAAACACUGGUGCUGAUUGGGGCACAGGGCGUGGGGCGACGCAGCCUCAAGAACAAGCUCAUCAUGUCAGACCAGGCACGUUACGGCACCACCAUCCCCUACACGUCUCGGAAGCCGAAGGAGAGCGAGCGGGACGGGCAGGGGUAUCGCUUCGUGUCCCGGGGGGAGAUGGAGGCCGACAUCAAGGCUGGGAGGUACCUAGAGCAUGGCGAGUAUGAGGGAAACCUGUACGGAACCAGGAUCGAUUCCAUCCGAGCUGUGGUGGAGGCUGGCAAGAUGUGCAUUCUGGAUGUCAACCCCCAGGCAGUGAAAGUGCUGAGAACGGCUGAGUUUGUGCCAUACGUGGUGUUCAUCGAAGCCCCCUGCCCUGAGACCCUGCGGGCCAUGAACCGAGCAGCCUUGGAGAGUGGCAUGGCCACCAAACAGCUCACGGAGGCAGAUGCCCAGCGGACUGUGGAGGAGAGUAGCCGGAUCCAGCGCGGGUACGGGCACUACUUCGACCUGAGUCUGAUCAACGAUGACCUGGAGCGAACCUUCCUGAGGCUCCGGGAGGCCAUGGAUCACCUGCGUGUUCAGCCCCAGUGGGUGCCUGUCACCUGGGUCUACUAGUGACCCCCCUGCCCCCACAGGCAAGGGCCACAAAACCCUCCCCUCUUCCCCCCCCAGCGCACCCAGGAGGGCUGUGGGGGUGGAGGGGGGUUGUGCCUCACCCACUGGUGUGAUGAGCUUGUGCUCAGCACUGUGGGAUUGUGUGGUUGGGGGCUCUCUGUAGAGCCCCCCCAACUCAAGCCUGACUCUUCUCUCCCCCCCUACCCAGCCCCAGAUUUGGAGGG